UCUCCCUUCCUACGAAUGCACUCUGUUUCCUCCACCACCUCUCUGAAUAUUUUGUGCAGGAAAAUGGCUCUCCUUGGGAUUUUUUUGAUAGGCUUUGUCUCAAUUUUCAAAUCGGUUCAUGGGUAUGGUGGAGGUUGGAAUAGUGCUCAUGCCACCUUCUAUGGAGGGGGUGAUGCUUCUGGCACAAUGGGUGGUGCUUGUGGCUAUGGGAACCUGUAUAGUCAGGGGUAUGGGACAAACACAGCAGCAUUGAGCACUGCACUUUUUAACAAUGGGCUGAGUUGUGGGUCUUGUUAUGAGAUUAGGUGUGCGAAUGACCCAAGGUGGUGCCUCCCAGGCUCGAUUGUGGUCACUGCCACUAACUUCUGCCCACCAAACAAUGCCCUCCCUAACAAUGCAGGGGGUUGGUGCAACCCUCCCCAGCAGCAUUUUGACCUCUCUCAGCCUGUCUUCCAACACAUUGCUCAGUACAAGGCUGGUAUUGUUCCUGUUUCUUAUAGAAGGGUACCCUGCAGGAAGAGGGGAGGCAUUAGGUUCACCAUCAAUGGCCAUUCCUACUUCAACUUGGUCCUUAUCACCAACGUGGGAGGUGCUGGUGAUGUGCAUUCAGUUUCCAUCAAAGGCUCGAGGACAGGAUGGCAGCCAAUGUCUAGGAACUGGGGCCAGAACUGGCAAAGCAACACCUACCUUAAUGGCCAAAGCCUCUCUUUCAAGGUCACAACAAGCGACGGCCGUACCGUGGUGUCCUUCAACGUUGCUCCUGCUCAUUGGUCCUUUGGCCAGACCUUUAGUGGUCGGCAAUUCGCCUAGGCAUAUGCCUAUAAUCUCAGCUAAUAUUUCAGCUAAAUCUACAAGUGCCUCUAUAUUUAGAGGCAGCUGGUAUAAUACAUUCUAGUGAGAUUAUACUAGCUGCUUAGUAUGUAGCGUAGCUCAGACAAUGUUGGGUCAUCAUGAAAAGGGCUUAUUUUAAAAUGGCUCUUCUCAUUUUAAUUUUAUUGUGGUUUUUCUAUUCUCAGGCCUUUUUUAUGGGCUUUAACUGAGGGAUAGAAAACAAAAAAGUAGUGUACUCUUCUGUUAAGACAGGAGCUGGCAGAGGUGGACUUUUACCACCCGCCAUUAGUAUACGUAGACUGUUUCUCUUUUCUUUUUUACUUAUGGAGUUCGUUGCUUUUAUAAGACCACUGUAAUCAGCUACUUGCUGAGUAUGUCCUUGGUAUGUUGAGCUAUGUGAGGCAGGAAAUGUAAAAUCUCCAACUUGCUAGUAAUGAAGACAUUUUAUUA